AUGAAGCGCAAGGCGGAUUCUGAGCCGCAAGGCCUAUCUGAAAAUGGCGACCAGCUUGGAAAGAAACGAGCCACCUCAAUUGAAAUGAUAGCACCCUCGUUCGCAGAUGGUCUCUUGGAGAAGGAUACGCUUGAGAAAUACAAAGCAGCAUACGCGACAUCAGGACCAUAUAAACAUGGCGUUAUCUUCCCGUUAAUUAAUGAUGACCUCCUCCGUUCCGUACGCAACGAGAUUCAAGAACACAUCUCCUUCACGGAGAAAGAAACGGACAUCUACAAGAUAUUCCAAUCGGGAGACCUAGCAAAUCUUGAUGGAUUAGACGAUGAGUCACUCUCACGGCUGCCCUCUCUGUUAAAGCUACGAAACGCUUUAUACUCGGGUCCGUUUAGAGAGUACUUAUCUGAAGUUACCGGUGCAGGAAAGUUAAGUGGUAGCAAGACUGAUAUGGCUGUCAAUGUCUAUACGGGUGGAUGCCAUCUACUGUGCCAUGACGACGUCAUUGGUAGUCGCCGUGUGAGCUAUAUCCUCUACCUGACUGACCCGGACGUGCCAUGGAAGCCAGAAUGGGGUGGAGCUCUGCGAUUAUUCCCAACCACGACGGAAACGAAUGCUGAUGGGGAAGAAAUUAAGAUCCCCAAGCCAGACUAUACUGUUUCUAUUCCACCGGCCUUCAACCAACUGAGUUUCUUCGCGGUGCAGCCUGGUGAAAGCUUCCAUGAUGUGGAGGAGGUGUACCAUAUGGAAACGAAGGGUAGUGAAAAGGAGAUCAAAUCAAGAGUGCGCAUGGCUAUCAGUGGCUGGUUCCAUAUUCCACAGGAGGGUGAAGAUGGGUACGAGGAAGGCCUUGCGGAGAAGCUUGCUGAGCGAAGCAGUCUCCAGCAGCUUCAGGGCGAAGGUGAUGAGUUUGACCGGCCACAGCCACAGUUCGUGUCUUAUAAGCAAGCCGAGGAGACGGAUACAUCCUCCAAGGGUAAGGCAGCCGCGACGGCUGAAGAUGAUGACGGUGAAGGGUUCAAUGACAAAGACCUUGAUUUCUUGCUCAAGUACAUCGCGCCUUCAUACUUGACGCCUGAUGUAGCAAGCCAGCUCAACGAGAUAUUUGACAAUGACCGAAUCGUCCGACUUGAGAAGUUCCUUUCCGAGAAGUUUACCCCACGUCUCCGCGCUUACAUCGAAAGCCAGGAGAAAGAUGACACAUUCCCCACCUCUGCUGAAGAGAUUGAGCAGAAGACGGAAUGGAAAGUCAGCCGACCUCCACAUAAACACCGGUAUCUAUACCAGCAGCCAUCUCUGGACAAGAACGGGGAUGUACAAAGGGAGAAGACGCCGAUUCAAGAGCUGCUAGAGGACCUGUUGCCAUCACGCGCAUUCAAGAAGUGGCUCUCCGUCGUUACUGGGUUGGAUGGUUUGCUAGGCUACAAUCAUCUUGCCCGCAGAUUUAGGCGUGGGCAAGACUAUACCCUUGCCAGCGGAUACGAGGGUGAAUCCCCGCGACUCGAAUUCACCAUUGGCAUCACACCCACCUCUGGAUGGGAAAAGGAAGAAGAAGACGAAGAAGAAACAGAGAAUGCAGACAAGCCAAAGGCCAAGGAGACAACCAAUGGCCAAGCCAAGCCGGAAGCAGCCGCAGAAGCAAAAGAAGAAGAUCCAUCUGUCGGAGGCUACGAAAUCUACAUGGCAGGUGACGAUGAUGAGGACGAGAACGAAGAUGGCGGAGCUGCUGCCGAGCAAACGCUGGGCUCUACGGGAAGCAAAUCAAAGGUGAACAAGUCAAAGGCCGACCCAGCCAUCUACAAGUCUUCUACCAAUGACGAAGAUGAUGGGAUCCUGUUUAGCAUGGCGGCCGGCUGGAACCGUAUGAGCAUUGUGCUACGGGACCAAGGGCCGCUGAAGUUUGUCAAGUAUGUUAGUCGUGCAGCCAAGGGCGAUCGGUGGGAUAUUACUGGGGAGAUUGACGUGGAGUACGACGACGAGGACGAUGAGGAUAAAGGUGAUGACGACUGA